CAGCUCCUAAUUUUUCCUUCAGUUUUAUGUUAUUGCACAGAGCUUAGAAAAUAAAACAAGCACAGUUUGAAUGUAAGGAUCGGAGAUGGCAGGAUUUUUUUUUUCUUCAUUGCAACAGUCAAUCUUAUCAAACAAUUGAAAACAAAACUUAAUCUAUGGAGCAGUUAUUGUGUUCUCUGGUCCCUAACAGGCCCUAAUGAGCUGAAGGAAGAUGAUGCACCAAUAAGGAGGAGAUGUGCAGCAGACCAGCUGAAGCCACGCUCUGGGUUUAUUUCUUGCUGACUUGGCAUCUGGACUUGUUCCGCUGAAAUUUGAACCACAUGGUCGAAGCAAGGAAUGACGAUGCUGCCUUCAAGAACCUGUGAUGUUGACUGUUAUCUCACUCUUUAAAAAAAAAAACUUACAGCACUGACAAACAGUAGAGCUGCUGUUUAGUGAAGAAGAUAUUCUCUCUUUAGUUUCUGCUCAGUGAUUCUCCAUGUCGCCACGCCCCCUGGAAAUAUUAACCGUUUAAUAGUCCAAACGUGUCAUGUUGCGUUCAGACGCAUGAAAAACAAAAUGCGGUCUCUUAUUGGACUGAUUUCCGGAUUUGGGUUCAUUUUGUUGCGCAGAAUUGUUGAGGCAGAACAUUUUUUAGGAUCCGUUCCAUCAAAAUGUUCAACGUCGUUCAAAGCUAAUAUUUCCCUAAUGCACGUGAACGCUUCAUGAGCGCAGCACCAGCUCAGACAGAACCAGAGAUUUCAGGUUCGGUUCUGCAGAAACCUUUGUGUUUGCAGAAUGUCUGAGUCAGACUUUGUGUUUAUGCUUUGAGGAUGUGGAGCAGGAACAGAUGACAUGUUUUCUCUGGUGAGUCUGGAUGUUUUGCGGUUAUUUAACGCAUUAAAAUAUUUGCUUCAUGCGUGAAUUUUCUUCUGCUUUAGGAAAAUCAUAAGUUGUCGAUUAGUAGCUUACCUGCUAUGUUCUUAUUUUUUAUAAUGUAACUCUUUUCCUGGAUUCCCCUUAACAGUUUCAACAAAAACGAUUUUCUGGCGCUGUUCAUUGUUUACAAAGUUGACAGUUAUGUAACUUAUUGCUUUUUAUUCUGUGCUUCUUAUGAACUGCGGAGAAAAGUCUGGCAUUUCCGAUUUUUCUUAACCUUAGUAAAAUUAGUCAAGUUUUUUUUGUAUAGCGAAGUAAACGCUAAACCUCAUCAGUUCAAACCAGAAAAAUGGGAAUUCAGAAUUUAUUUUGCAAUUUGCAUUGCAGGAAAAAAAGUAAAACACGUCUAAAAAUAACUUAAAACAAAGAUGAAAUAUGAGCCAUUUACUGCUCUAUAGAAAAGGCUGAUUGUCUUAAAUCUUGAGGCAAACAAGAGAGAUGUCAACUGAAACACUGGAAAAGAAAUCAUCCAGGAAAACAUUGAAUUCAUCAGGACAAAACAGAGCAAGAUUCAGCUGAACUGCAGAGAUCUGAGUGACUGAGGGGAAAUUCAGGAGUGAGUAAUGACUCUGCACUGGCAAAGAAAUGUUACAUUUGUUUAAAACGAAGGAAAGAGAAGAAAAGCAGCACAUUUCCGCAGUUACUGAUGGUUUUUGGAUUCUUUCAGCAUGUUUGUUCUACUGUUUUUAUUUGAAUGUUCUCACUAUGUAGAUAAAACACAUUUUCAUCCGAUCCAAAAUAAUAAAACGUUUUUUUUUUUUGUUGUAAAAAACCUUUCUUACAUUUUCAGAGCAGUUUAGCUUUUCUUUUCAGGAGAAAUUAAAAUAAUGUUAGAGAAAAGGAAUAGUUGAAGAAAAUAAGAGGUUAUGAUAUAAAAUCUGCCAUUUUUAACUGAUUUUAUACUGAAACAAUAUGGUGCUGCUUUUGGUGGUUUUUUUUAAAGAGUUUUAAAUACAGUGAUGCGGGAGGGUGGAGAGACCUGUGAUGUUUGCAGACUAACAUGGCCGACUCCACACGUCUGUUCUGCUGGAACAAAUCCUCAGUGAUGCAGAAAAAGCAGAGAGAGGAAAACAGGUCAGAGUUCAUCCAGCUGACUAAAGAUGCAGCAGAGCUGAGAAAAUGCUGAGGAAGGUGGUGAUGAUGAGGAGGGUCCUCCAUGUGAAGGGAGAUGUAAUGUGCACACUCGUCCUCCUGGUGGCGCUGUGUGUUCUGCUCUACGCUCGUCAGGUCGUCCUCUCCGCUGGGUGGAGCCGAUCCGUCUGGAAGCUGCAGAUCCACGGAUCCACCAGCUCCAGUCGCUCCCUGCUGGGCUCCAGUUCACAUACUGGGAGGAAGGAGGCGCUGCAGGCCCCAUUACAGCCACACCUGCCUUCCUGUAAACCUCGACUCAGGUCCAAACCUUCCCAGUCCAAAUCCAGCUCUCAGAUCAGAUCCAGGUCACGAAAGAAGAAAGUUAUUCCAACCGUUGCUGCUGGAAAACAGUUACCGACGCUACCGCCGUUUGACUUCGAGACAUAUCUGAGAGAAAAGGACAAAAGGAACUUUAAUCUGCUCAUCGACCAGCCUGAGAAAUGUCGCAUCAGAGAAGAAGAGGAAGGAGGAGGAAGAGGAGGCACUGUUUCUGCUCCCUACAUGCUCAUUGCUGUGAAAUCUACAGCUGCAGAUUUCGACAAGCGGCAGGUUGUGCGUCGGACCUGGGGGAGGGAGGGGACGUUCCACCCGGCCCGGUCCAUUCGCACCGUGUUCCUGCUGGGGAUUCCCAGGAAUCGCUCCUCCCUGCCUCUGUGGGAUCGGCUGCUGGCCUACGAGAGCCAAGCCUUCCAGGACGUCCUGCUCUGGGAUUUCGAGGACACCUUCUUCAACCUGACUCUGAAGGAAACACAUUUUCUGGAAUGGGUUAACAGCAGCUGUCCUCAUGUGAAGUUCAUCUUCAAAGGAGACGCUGACGUCUACGUAAACGUGGAAAACAUCCUGGAGAUGCUCCAAGGCCGAGAGCCGGAGAAGGAUUUGUUCGUGGGGGAUAUUAUUGUGAAUGCAAAACCAAUCCGCCGUCGCACUUCCAAGUACUACGUUCCGGAGUUUGUGUAUGGAGGCGGUCUGUACCCCAGUUAUGCUGGAGGAGGAGGGUUUGUGAUGUCAGGACACACGGCUCGAAGGCUGAGCUCCGCCUGUCAACAGGUGGAGCUGUUCCCGAUUGAUGAUGUUUUUCUAGGAAUGUGCCUCCAGCUGAUCGGCGUCAAACCUUUACGCCAUCAGGGGUUUCGCACCUUCGGGAUUCACCGACCGUCCGCGGCGCCGCACCUCCAGACGUUUGACCCCUGCUUUUACAGGGAGCUCAUGGUUGUUCACAGCCUGGGCGUCCCACAGAUCUGGCUCAUGUGGAGCCUGCUACAUGACCCCAAACUGAGCUGCCACUACAGAACCGGCCAGACGUCCGGACCCUUUAAAUGGAGAGGGAGGGUUGGAGAGAUGGCAGCAGAUGAGGCGGAUUACGACGAGAAGCCAGUGUUUCUCACACAUUAGUUCCUGCCAGGCGGGCAGAGCUGGAGCUGCUGGUAUCGUGCAGCAUUUGAGGACAGUAGGAAACGAUUUCAUCCAACCAAGCUGAUGGUUUACCUGCCAGGAAAUGAAAAGGCAAAGGGGGUAAAUCUCUCCCAGCUGACUCUGCAGUGAAACUCCAGGAAUGCAUUGUGACUGUGACCUUAGGGACCCAUCUGUCCCCAACUGAUUCAUCCACUACCAGAGGGAAAGUCUUUGAUAUGCAGACAGGUUUAUGAAAAGUGAAGGAUUUUUUUUUUGCACAAUUGAAUUUGUAAAGCUGCUGUCACGCUAGCAGCGUUUCAAUUACAAAUGGGUGCAAAACUUUCCCGAUUCUGAUAUCUAAUAAAACAAAACUUCACAAUUAGUUUGUUACAUUAAAUAAGAAAUGCAAUAAAAAAAAAAUCACAUGAAUAAGUUUGUUCACGCAAUAAGUCGUUAAAAAACGUCGUCCCAUCAUCCUCAAACUACUUCCUGUAACCUUUUUCUUCAGGGUUUUUGCCAGUAGUAAUAUUUAGUUGUUGGUCAUGUGAUGACAGGAAAUAGUUUUGUGAAAUAAACCAAUUUUGAUCGGCCAAAGAAAGCACUUCAUCCGAACGUUAAAACGUUUUAGCAAAAGGGUUUUUUUUCUAAUAUUUGACAAUUUUCUAAAUGUCAAAUUGUGUAAAAUGAAAUGACAAAAGUUAAUUUGAUGAAUUGGAAACAUGGCAAUUUUGAAAAAAAAACUUUAGUUUUUCACUAGAUCAAAAGUUGCAAGCUGUGCUGACAUUAGUUUACUUUGAAAAACUGAAAUGAUUUUUUUUGCAUCACACAAGUCACAUGAUCAACAACCAGGCGUCACAAUCGUAGGACAGUCGAAGACGACAGGAGAUAGUUGGAGGAUGGUGAUGCAAAAUUGUGUUUUUCUUUUUCUAUCAGUGGAACAAUGAAGUUUUAUGCACAUUUGUAAUAGAAACACAGCUAUUUUUAUGUAGAAAUGCAUUUUGCAUGUAAAAUUUGAGCACAUUUUGUGAAGCGUUGAGUCUUGUGAUGCUUAUGUAUUUUACUCAUGACGUGUCUUUGCUACUACACUGAAGAAGCAGCUGCACUGGUAAAAUACUAGUAGCAAGAUAUGAAUUGCAACUCUGCAUUUAAAACUGAAUGUUGCAAAAUAUUUCAUGCUAAAGUGUCCAACUCACAGGAAGGCAUCAGAUAACAGAUAUGACAGUGUGUCAGGACGUUUAAAAACAAAAAAGAUCAAAUGUUCACCAGAAAAUGUUCAGUGUUCACUUUUCUGGUGAACAUAGAAGUUCUUUUCUCUAACAUUUUAAAGAUUUCUGAGUUUUUCAAGCAAUUGUUCAACUUUUCAAACUCAGAAAAUGUAUUGUUUUUUGAGACGAAUCUCCAAUUUUCUGAGAUUUUUGGCAGAUAGUUGCUCCCAUUUUGAUGGAAACAUCUGACAAGAACUGCAGUUGUCUGAAAAAACAAAAACAAAAAACAGAAAAACUUUCCAUUUCACAUCCACAUUUUAUUUUUCUGUUUUCAUAUUCUGGUUGUGCAACACAGAAAAUAAACUCUGUCAACAAACAAAGUAGCUUUGUUGAAAAUUUCAACCACCAUCAAAGGAUUUCUGCUGCAGCAAAACCUUCAGUCUCAUGCGUCUC